AUGGUACAAUCUGAAGGGAUAAUUUUUGAAUGUAGUCAAGUUGUGACAAACGUCCGUGCCUCAGGUUUACCACCUCAGAGAACUCGUAAUGUCUGCAAAGGCUUUUCUCAUAAACAUGAAAAAGCUGUUUUGCAUCCUUCAGAACUGUUACCAGACCAUGAAACACAAAAGAAAAGACCUUACAAAUAUAAUGAGUGUGACAUAACCUUUCUUCAGGACUCAGAACUCACUGGACAUCAAAGAAUCCAUACAGGAGGAAAACCAUAUAAAUGCGAUGUGUGUAGCAAGGCUUUUAACCAAACUAGAAAACUAAGAAUUCAUUGGAGAAUUCAUACUGGAGAGAAACCAUAUAAACGGGAUGUAUGUGGCAAGGCUUUUAAUCAAACUGCAAAACUUGGACUUCAUUGGAGAAUUCAUACUGGAGUGAAACCUUAUAAAUGUGAUGUGUUUGGCAAGGCUUUUAGUCAUACUGGAAACCUUGCUGUUCAUCAGAGAGAUCAUACUGGAGAGAAACUAUAUAAUUGUGGUAUAUGUGGCAAGGCUUUCAGUGUAAGAUCAAGCCUUGCUGUUCAUCAGGGAGUUCAUACUGGAGAGAAACCAUAUAAAUGUGAUGUAUGUGGCAAGGCGUUCGUUUGUACUGGAAACCUUGGUAUUCAUCAGAGAGUUCAUACGGGAGAGAAACCAUAUAAAUGA